AUGCGAAGGUUGUCGGCUUGCGGGCAGUGACAGCUGGCCUUCUCGCCAGACAUGAAAAAAGGAAUUUUUUGGUCUUUCUAUCCAGUAAUUUAUCACUAAAAUCACUAGAGAUUAUUGUUACAUUAGUAUUCCUAAAAAUAUAUCCAUUAAUUGCUGUGUAUUAGUUAUUGUGUUAUUCUGUUGUGCCGCGCCCAUUUGGAAAAAGAAAAUUCUGUGUGCGUUGCAAUUCUUUCCGGAUCAUUUUGCUAAAUUUUCCUGGGAAAGUGUAUCAGAAAAACAGGGAUUUCAGAGAAAUAUCUCAUGUGAUUGAAUGUGAAGGAGUAAGGAAAGACCAUGGAUAUUCUCGAUAUUGAUGAGAUUCUAAAAGAUGAUUCAUUUUGCAAUCUAUCGGCCGAUCAGAAAAUGGAUGAGUCGAUCACUAGCAUCCUGCAGCAAUGGAAGCAGAAUGAGGUGGCACUUGGUCCAAAAGGGACCAAACUCGUAGAUACUCGAACAUUUACGCGGCCUAAGAAACGCGGAAUGGGAGAGAGUGAUCAUGAGAGUGGUCUCCCUGCUUCUGGCAUAAACCUCCAAGUUGGAGGUCUUGUAACGAGCCUGCGGAGGAGUUUGAUAGGUGAAACUUCUCCGCCUAGUUCCUUUUGCUCUUCCGUUGACUCAAUGAACGAGGAGAUGCUGAAUAGUCUGAUCAAUAGUGGGGACUUCAAUAAUGUUAGUUUCUUCAUGGAGAAUAUGGAAGAGUCACCCAAUAUCAAUUUCAACGGGUACAAUCUUGAUGAUGUGAUCAGAGAUAGGCAAUUUAUCGACAAUCUCACAUCCAGCGAAGAUCAGACAUUUUCUAAGGAUGCCAGUAUAUCUCGAACGGAUGAUCACAUGGUAUCUGCUGAUUCUUCCGAUAGCAAUCCUCUAAUUGAUGUGACCAUGAAGCUCAAUCCGAACUUUGAGGGAACUUUUAUCACGAAAGACACAACAUUUAAUAUCUCCAAUCAGGUUUUGGAUAUGGAACCACGUGGUAGUGAAACUUUCAACUUGAUGGGCGAUACGUCCAUUGAGAAUGUUGUAGGUGAUGUAAAUGAAACUUUUAAGUGUGAUGCACCGAAGGGAAAUACAACGUUUGGCGUUAGUGUCGACAAAAAUGCCUCAGUGGAAGGAAAUAAUCUCACAUAUAUUGAAGGUAAACAUAUGAACCAGACGUUCAUUGAGCCUACGCAGGAGCCACCACCUAAAAGGGAUCAGCCGGAGAAGAUUGAUAACAAAACACCACCAGAUUCUUCAGAAUCGAUUUUUCAAUCCACUCCGUUGAAAUCAUCCAAAACGAAGGAAAAUCAAAAGAAAAUCAAUCUGUCGCCCAUAAAAUGUAUCAAUAUCAAUUCAUCUUUCAAUCUGAGUAAAGAGGGAAAUUUUGAAAAGUACCUCCAAGAGGCUACAGAUCAAAUUUUUACACCAGAUAAACUAUUGGAAAAGCCUCAAUUUGAACGGACUCUUGAAAGUCCUGAGGAUGAUGAGGAAGUUUUAGAGAGACGUCGUCUGCCCAUUCCCAUUAAUAUGUUGCGCGAGGAGGAGCGACAGUCUCUGAGGAAUUUUGAGGAGUAUGAAAAGACUUUAAUGCAGGAGAAUGACAAGGAAUUUGAUGAUGUAUUGAGUCGAUUUGCAACACUGGAACUGCGUCAGAGUAAUGAGAAGAUGCGUCAGAGUUUGGAUAGUAUCAAGAAGAGGCACUCUUUGGUGAACUUGGAAAAGCAGCAGCAGGAAGAUGAAAAUCGUGGGCAUGUGGACAGCAAUAAAUUGUCUGAAUCCAUUGGGAAGAGUCGGAGACUUUUGAGGAGGAGUCGAAUCUAUGAUGAAGUGAAUAAUUCACUCAAUCAAAGUCCAGAACGAGAGAAGGUGCAAGAAACUGAGCCACCAUCUCAGACUGAGCCUGAAAGGGUGGUGCCUCAUCAUCCUAGCAAAGGAAAUCGAGAUAGAUUCAAAACUAUUCGAAUUUUUAGACCUCCAGAUCAAAAUAGUCCUCAUCUUCCGGAUGCUGGUGAUACAACCAUUGAUGUCAACCCGGAAAUUCCCAUUGUGGUGCCGGAACCGCCUAAAGUGAUUGAAAUGGAGAAAAAAGUUAUUCCCAUGGAGCCCUCACAAGGCUUCAAGAAGCCCUCAGUUCCAGUGAGAAAUAUCCCAAAGCCCAAGUACUUCAAGAGUGCUCUUGCUAAGCCAAUGUCACAGCAAAAGUUCAAUUCAGCAGAUGAUUUGUUGGAUUCAGAAGAACCUGAGGCACGUCCUGCUGCGCAGUCACUUAAGAGUCCCAUGGGCAUCAAGUCAAAAUCAAUUCACAAUCUUCUCUCUGGGCAGAAAUCCAUGGCUUCCAUGGAGAAACUCAAUUCUAAUCAGUGUGAUUUUAAAUCCAGCGCAGAUGGAAUUAACAAGACUCAUCCGAAUAGUAAAUUAUCAUUAUUAGCGCCUUCCUCGAAAUUUGGGAAAUCCAAUCAAUCGCUGGCUCGAGUUUCUUCUAAGCAGCAGCAGCCUGCUUCAGACAUCGAACGACAUAAAAUCGAUUUAAGAACACAAGUGGGAAACAAUCAGAGCAAUAUUGGGAGUGCGAUCAUGAGGAAUAAUCCAAAGCGUCUGGGUUUGGUAAGACCAUCAUCCGGAUACUACAGCUACUCAGUCAGGAGGAAUGAUUCGGACACAGAGUCCGGAAGAUACUCACCACAAAGUCUGUCUUCUUCGAGUGCCAGCUCCAAGGGAAGCCUAAAUGUGCCGGAAGUGUCUCAGAAUCCCGAUACUAAUACCUUUGAUUCUCAUCAAUCAUAUAAUUCCCUGCAGCCGGACGCUAUGAAGCGCCCAAAUAGUGUUACAUCGAAAGUGCCUCGGCCCACGGGAUUGCGUCUUCCCUCGAAUUUCCGGACGGCUGGUGGUGCAUCAGCUGUCCCGAGACCUUCUGGCAUACCGAGGAGAUAAAGUAUUUUUGGAUUAUUCAUUAGGAUCGACCGUAGUGUCCAAGGAUUAUUAUACACAUUUCUCUCUAUGCCUUAAUCUUUAUGGAGUAACAACUUUUUUUUUAUUCAAUAAAAUAAAUAGAUUCUUAUGUUUUGUAUACAUUUGUACACGAUGCAAAGAAUCUGGAAAAAAUAGAGAAAACCACAUUUUGUAAACACA